AGGAGGAUAUUUCUACAGGAAAAGACCUGAUCUAUAUUAAUGCUACAGUCAUAAAGGAAGAAGAAGAAGAGACAGAUGUGAGCAGUAUUGAGCAGUAUAAGCAGGACAUUUUUACAGGUAGCUGCCCAGGGAACCCCAACCGAAGUUGACAAGCAAAAAAAAAGGAAAGCCGCAGUGCAAUGUACAACAUCAAUUUAUCUGUGGAUUCUUGUAGCAGGAGAUCAGAGGAGAAUCUUAUAUCUUCAGAUUAUAAAGCAGAUGAUGAUAUCACACAAGAUACAUAUGAAGAACAUUCCAUUAUCCUAGAUACACCCUCAGCCCUUCACAGCCAAGAUCUGUCAUCUCAUCCUUAUAUACAGGUCCUGUCUUCUCAGUCAUCACAGGAUGUUCAGCAGAAGAAGAAUUCAUGUUCAGAAUGUGGGAAAUGUUUUACUAAGAAAUCAGAUCUUGUUAAACAUCAGAGGAUUCACACAGGAGAUAAACCAUUUUCAUGUUCAGAAUGUGAAAAAUGUUUUACUCUUAAAUCAAAUCUUGUUCAACAUCAAAGAACGCACACAGGAGAGAAGCCAUUUUUAUGUUUAGAAUGUGGGAAAUGUUUUACUCUGAAAUCAAGUCUUGUUAAACAUCAAAAAAUCCACACAGGGAUCAAACUGUUUUCGUGUUCAGAAUGUAAAAAAUGUUUUACUUUUAAUUCACAUCUUGUGAAGCAUCAGAGAACUCACAGAGGGGAGAAGCCAUUUUCAUGCACAGAAUGUGGGAAAUGUUUUACUAUGAAAUCAACCCUUGUUGAUCAUCAAAAAACUCACACAGGAGAGAAGCCAUUUUCAUGUUCAGACUGUGGGAAAUGUUUUACUAAGCAAUCAAAUCUUGUUCAACAUCAAAAAACUCACACAGGAGAGAAGCCAUUUUCAUGCACAGAAUGUGGGAAAUGUUUUACUCAGAAAUCAAAUCUUGCUAAACAUCAAAGAAUUCACACUGGGGAGAAGCCAUUUUAUUGUUCAGAAUGUAGGAAAUAUUUUACUCGCAAAUCAAGUCUUUUUUUACAUCAAAGAACUCACACAGUGGAGAAGUUAGUUUAAUGUUCACAAUGUGGAAAAUGUUUUACCCAGAAAUCUGAUGUUUGUAAACAUAAAAUAACCCACACAGGAGAGAAGCCAAUUCAGAGCAAUAAAUGAUGCAGAUAAGACAUCUAUAUAUUCACCAUGUACAUAGGAUAUCUGACAUUUAUACAUAUAUCAUAUACUGCAUCUCCAAACUUGUUCCCAAUUGUUAAUAAAAGUUUUCUUUUAGAACGUAGUCACCGAUCCAACU